UUCUCCCGAGAGCAGCCGCGGCGCCCCCUGCCCGCCUCAGCGCCCGCCUCCGUGGGCCCGGCGCUGCGCCCGCGGCCGCCGCGCUGACCCCUCCCUUUGCUUUUGACUUUGGCAUCUGAGGCCCUGUCCGCCGGCUAUCCAUAUGUCAGACCAGAACAGCACCGAUGAUGGGGAGGCAGAUCCCCAGCACAGCUUGUACAUGCUCUUCCUGCUCGUGCUGGUCUUCUUCAUCAUGGGGCUUGUGGGCUUCCUGAUUUGUCAUGUCCUGAAGAAAAAGGGCUAUCGGUGCCGGACGUUUCGUGACGAGCUUGACCCUGACAACAAGGAGGUGUUGACAGAGCUCCAGGCCAAUGAAGAGGAGGAACUGAAUGAGGACACAGUAGAGAAGAUUGUGAGAUGCAUCAUUCAGAAUGAAGCAAAUGUGGAAGCCCUGAAGGAAAUGCUGGGGGACAGUGAAGGGGAUGUCCACGUGCCAGUGCCCAGCAGUCUUUGUCCUCAUCGUAAUAGCCAGGAUGGGGGCCCGCCACAUCACCACACAGUGCACCUGGGCUCCACACAGGCCCCGUGCAUUCACUGCAGCAAGAAGAAGAGGCACGCUCUGCAUCGCCAGGGCAGAUCCAAGGAGAGCAAAGCCAGGAUGCAUCCUGGGGAGACAACUGUCUUCUCAGUCGGCAGGUUUCGGGUCACCCAUAUUGAGAAGAAGUCCAGUUUCCAGGAGCAGCAGGAUGAGUCCCUUCCUGAUGGCAGCAAGGGCCCUAGUUCCGAUGGCUUAGAAUAUAAGGCCUGCAGUGAUGAAAAGCUCCAACAGGAGGGUCCUCAAAGUGGAAUUGUUCAAGUGGACGGUGUACAAAAGGGAGGAAUCCAAGAGGAAGGUUAUUCAAAUGCCCCAGGCCAAGGCCAGGGUUCUACAAAUGCACCAGCCAACUUGGAUGCUCACAAAAAUGGACCAGAGGGAAAGGGCGCUAGUAAGUCUGGCUCACUGAAGGAUGUUAGUCUCCAAAACAUUGCCCCCAAGAAUGAAAGUGACCAAAAGAAGUAUGAGGGCCUUCGGGUUCCUGGAAAGCAGAAUGCUGGAGACCCAGGAGACAGGAAAGAGGUGGUGAAGUGGGACAAAAGAAACACUGCCCUUCGGGAGAGCACUACACAAGGCGCAGGUAAUCAGACAUCAGAAAUUAAAGGAGCCCAUGGUCUGCAAGAAAGACCUAGAGCAGAUGUGUCUGGAAACGAAGAUGCCAACAGGAAAGAAACCAAAAUGGAGGACAUAGGGCAACAGGAACAGAGUACUGUGGUGGAGGACCCAGGAGUAUCUGCAUGACACAAGUGCCACUUGCUACCAGUGGCAGCAGGGACUAAAGCAGAAGUGUACAUACGUUCUUGUGAAUAUGGACACACACGUCAGAGAUGAGGGAUUUACCCAGGCCUAUCUUGUGGGCUGUUCUCCGAUAUCCCAGGUCCGGCAGGCUCUAGUCUUGCAAAUACUUGAGUGAGAGCCUGUGGCGGCCCAGUAGGGGGUGCUGCUAUGCUGAGCCACCUGCCUCGCUGUUCCAGGCCCAAAAUCUUACUUUAGGAGUCUCCCCUGGGGAGCCUACACCUGGCUGGCCCCUUCCAGGAGAAAACCCGCAAGCCUGAGGUAACACUGCCACCACCUGAGCACUGGUCUCAGCUAGG